CGCAGACCUGGGCCCCACCCCCUUCCCCUGACACCCGGGCGGGCCUGCGCACGCGCGCCCCGCGGCAGGGCGGUAUGGCGGCGCCCGCGCUCCCUACGCCGCGGUACGAGCACGUGGGGCCGCACGGGCCCUUCAAGGACGUGUAUGAGCCGGCUGAGGACACCUUCCUGCUGCUGGAUGCGCUGGAGCAGGACGCCGACUGCCUGCGGCAGGCUCGAGUUGAGAUCUGCCUUGAAAUAGGAUCUGGAUCUGGUGUGGUUUCAGCAUUUCUAGCUUCCAUUAUUGGAUCCAGUGCACUAUACAUAUGUACAGAUAUCAACCCAAUGGCAGCUCAUUGUACAAUGGAGACAGCUCUGCUUAACAGUGUUGACCUUCAGCCAGUCAUUACUGACUUGGUCAAAGGACUGUCUCCAAGAUUAAAUGGGAAGGUUGAUCUACUCGUAUUUAAUCCACCGUAUGUGGUAACACCUUCUGAAGAGGUGGAAAGCCAUGGAAUAGAGGCAUCCUGGGCUGGUGGCAGAAAGGGCAGAGAAGUAAUGGAUAGAGUUUUUCCAUUAGUACCAGACCUACUUUCACCAGGAGGAUUAUUCUACUUGGUCACAAUUAAAGAAAAUGAUCCAGAUGAAAUUCUGGAUAUAAUGAAGGAAUGUGGCUUAGAAGGCACACGAGUACUUUCCAGGCAAGCAGGACAAGAGAUGCUUACUAUCCUCAAAUUUAAGAAGUCUUAACCUUCCAGGCAGAUGGACAGUUCAACACCGAGUACCAAAGCUGUCAAGUCAGUUUUUUAAGCCAAGAUUUUCACUCUCAUAAGGUUACUUAUUACAGCAGUGAAACUGAUUGAGACUCUUGUUUUGGGGUUGUUGUUUUUUUAUUCUGGGUAUUAACCAGCUAUUACCUACUAUCAGAGGUAGAGUUGUCCUCUGGCUUUACACAGGACAGUUGUGGGGGAACUGAAAUACCCUCUUCUGCUAUGUUUGCACUAAAGACCUUUUUCCUCUAUAAAGAGGUACUUGUGCAUUUGUCAUUUUUGGUUAUUAAAAUAAUGU